CACCGCGAAUUCCCUUUACCAAGAGUUCGAAUAGAGCAGUUGGCGGAAUCCAUGAUCAAUAUGAAGGCUCCAAAUGUACUCCCCAUCGCUUCUCACUCACGCAUCACACAGCAGCAGCAGCAAUGGCCGGGCGAGAAACAGAACGAGACAUUGAGGCCGAUUUGGGGACCGAACACCUCCCCGGCGACUCCGGCGCAGCCUUCAAAGCUCUGUCCGUAACGCACCACGACACCGUCAUCGAGACCGCGGACGGCCACCGUCUCCCCGGCGUCCCCCUCUCCGAGGCGAAAAAACUCAACGCGCUCAGAAGCAAUGUUGCUUCUCCCGCCCCUUCCUGUUCCUCAGAGGACAAGAAAGCGGAGGAGGGUGGGAACACAACAAUCGAGAUGGCGCCCGCAUUCACGGAUCCGCUGUUCCCUCCCGUGCCGGUUUACGGUCCGGCGACGCCGCUCAGGAGGCUGCAGUGCGCGGUGUUCAGGGUCACCAGUGGGAUACUCAGCCUGUCGUUUCUGGGGGUGGUGGUGAUGGGCGCGAUCGCGGAGUCGCUGCCGGAGUUUCUGCUGAGGAGGUGGAAGCGCGUUACUCUGGAGGAUCCGGAUCAAGGAAGGUUGUUCAGAGAUAUCGAGAUGGAGAGAAAAUUGGAGAGGGAAAGGAAUGGGCAGCCCGAUGAGCUCAAGUGCGAUAUUGCGUAUUACGCCCAGCGAGUCGGCCUCGAUGCCGAGCUGUUGACGGUCGAGACGGAGGAUGGUUUUUUGCUGGAUCUGUGGCAUGUUUUUGAUCCGCAGAAUCUGCCUUAUUAUCCUCCCGAGGUUCAGGAUGGCGAGAAGAACGAGGAUGAGGAUGAAGCCAAAGAACAUACAAGGACUCGACUACCAAGGGAGACGGGGAAGCGGCCCAACGGAAAGUCAGGUGGCACUCGGUACCCAGUGUUGCUCAUCCAUGGGCUACUGCAGAGUGCUGGCGCUUACUGCGUCAACGACGAAGACUCGCUCGCGUUUCAUCUCGUCCGCAGUGGCUACGACGUAUUCCUAGGCAACAACCGUUGCGGCUUCAAUCCCAGACACACAGUGCUCCACUACAGCGAUCCGCGCAUGUGGGCUUGGAACAUCCGACAAAUGGGCAUUCUCGACCUGCCAGCCUUCAUUUUCCCGAUCCUCUCGCUUACGGGAUACCCCAAGGUUGCGCUCGUCGCGCACAGUCAAGGCACCACGCAGACCUUCGUCGCCCUCGCAAAACAGCAGCGGCCCGACCUCGGCGAAAAAAUCAGCGUUUUCUGCGCCCUCGCGCCGGCAGUUUACGCCGGUCCGCUGAUCAACAAGUUCUACUUCAAAUUCAUGAAGCUGAUCCCGCCGUCCGCGUUCCGGAUCGUCUUCGGAAUCCACGCAUUCAUCCCGUUCAUGCUCCUGAUGCAUAGAAUCGUCCCCGCAAAGUUCUAUGGGGAGCUGGGGUACCGCGUUUUUUGGUUCUUGUUUGGAUGGAGUGAUUUGAGGUGGGAUCGUGGGCUGCGUGCUAGGUUCUUUCAGUUCGCGCCGGUGUAUGUCAGUGCGGAGGCGAUGAGAUGGUGGCUGGGGAGAGAGUGUUUUGCGAAGCACAGGUGCAUCCUAAGCACGCACUCUGCGGGGGAGUUGGAAACGCGGGGAAGCGAUGGUGAGAAGGAGUUGGCGGAGAGUCCCGAGAGGGGUGGCGGCGCAUGGUUCGAUAAUCGCUUUCCGAAGCUGGCGCUGUGGGUUACCGGAGCAGAUGAUUUGGUUGACGGCAGGAAACUGGUGAGGAGAUUCGAGGAGGGGAGGGAGCCGGAAGUCGAUCUCGUGUGGAAGAGUGUACUCGAAGAGUAUGAGCACCUCGAUGUCAUCUGGGCCAUCGAUGCGAAGAAGAGGGUGUUUGACGAGGUCGUAGAUGUCAUCGGAACGUGUAAAGAGGAGGAGGAGAGGAAGUAGGGGAUUUACUAUGUCCAUGGGUGGCGUCGGCGUUGAGGGUUGGCCAGUACAUACACACACAUAAUACCCUUUCCUUCUGUUUGUUUUGGUCAUGUAAAUAGCUCGCACAUUAUUUUUCCAUUCGGUCAACUGCCACGUAACUAGAAUUUUUGAAGUAAUCCUGCUAUUAAUUCUCA